CGGGCGGCGUGGCGCCGCGAGGCAGCGACGGCGCCGGGCAGCGCGGGGCGGCCGCGCAGCGCCGCGCCCAUGCACGAGAAGGCGGCGCCCCCGCGGAGCCCCGAGCCCAUGCCCGGCCGCCACAAGCUGGAGGCGGCGCGCGGCCACCGGAGCCUGGAGUCCCUCGACGGCAGCCUCGAAGCCCUGAAGGACGAGGACAUCAAGAAAUGCCCCCGGGAAGCGGCCGCCAGCAAGUACAACUCGCAGUACCACAAGCUGUUCAAGGACAUCCCGACGGAGGAGAGCGUGCUGAAAGUUUGCUCCUGUGCGCUCCAGAGGGACAUCCUCAUCCAGGGACGGCUUUACAUUUCCCCCAACUGGCUCUGCUUCUACGCGAACCUUUUUGGGAAGGACAUCAAGGUCGUCAUCCCGGUGGUCUCCGUCCAGCUCAUCAAAAAGCACAAGACGGCCCGGCUGCUGCCCAACGGCCUGGCCAUCACCACCACUGCCAGCAGGAAGUACAUCUUUGUGUCGCUGAUCUCCCGUGACAGCGUGUACGACGUGCUGCGGAGAGUCUGCACGCACCUGCAGGUUUCGAGUAAGAAGAGCUUGAGCUUGAAGGAGUUCACGGAGGAGCCUGAUGCUGUGUCCCUGGAGGUGAUCGUCCCCGAGGGCAAGUGGAGGAAGGUGUCGCCUACGUCACUCUCCCUGUCCCUGCCGGACGCCGACUACCAGUGCAUCCACCGGGCCUCCGUCAGCAGCCUCAGCGCCAAGGAGAGCUUCACCUCCGAGGAGCCCCUGGCCUCAGAAAGUGCAAUAAACACAGAGGAGGAGCUGGAGGUGGAGCAGAGCUGCGUGGCGGAGCUGAGACCCUCCGACUACCAGCUCCUGAAGAUCUUCAUCGUGCUGAUCUGCCUCCUGGUCGUGUCCUCCUCCUACCUGGCGUUCCGCAUUUUCCGCCUGGAGCAGCAGCUCUGCUCCCUGAACCGGGACUACCUCUCCCGCGGGCACAGGAGGUGACCAUCACCCCCAGCACAGGACAAGGACCAGACGGUAGCACUUUGUGUACAGGGCCAGCAUGGCUGUGGCGUCCCUCCAGGGGGGACCGGUGCCGUCUUCUAGCCGAACCCCGCGACUCGCACACGGCCCGGCUUCCCCUCAGCUGGUAAAACGGGACCAAACACCUCUCCUCCUGCCUCCUGCUCUCCGCAGGACUGCCCGGCCGGCUCGCGGCCGCGGGUGCCAACUCCCACUACCACUACGAACCCUUUUCCUCCCUGCGAUGUUGGCGUGCCCUAGCACCGGAUGAUGGCUCGGGGAGGGAAGUGAGCCCCCCCCUUAAGACUUGCUGCUAAAAUGGUCACUGGUUUUUACUCCAGACGUGGGUUUUCGUGUUGAAAGAUGACCUGAGGCUCACCGGGAGCCCUGUAAACACAUGGAUGAGCUGCGUCUGCCCUGGGUGAAGCUCUGGGGCAGGUGCAGCUGCACCGGCCUGUUUGUCCCUCUCUGUGAGCCCCUCCUGCAGCCCAGACACUGCGGGGAUGGGGGCGCAGCCUGGGCUCCCCCCAGCCCCUUCUGUCCUGGAGUAAAGGGGCCUCUCGGGGCGCGCGGCCCCACGCAAAGCACUUUAGGGUCCUCCACAACAGGCGUCCUCUGCAGGGACCGUGCCUGGGAAUGGUGCUGGACCAAGGGCUCGUUAGCCCCGCUUGCCUCGUUAAGAUGUCCCAAAAGGCCUGGCUGUCACGGGUGAACAGCCGGGAUGGCGGCAUGCCCCCUUCGUGUGUUAACCCUCGUCACUGCGCGGAAUGAGCAGGAUUUGUCUGAACCCUUCCCUUGUGUGGCGUGUCGGGAAGGCAGGGGAUACCUGUGCGAUUUCUUUGUGUUAUUUUUUUGUUUUUCCUGUUUUUUGGGAACUAAAAGUGCUGAUGGGGCCAAAUCCCUGAGCCCUGGGGAAAGAGCUCUCUGCCUGGCUCAAGGCUGUGAAAGUAUUUUAAAUGAAAUAAAACCACGAUUUUCUAGCA